GCGAUGUAAUAUUUGUCUUCAGGUAUGAAUGAAUGAAUUACCUGAUUUCAAAGUAUUUUCGGAAUCCCCCACUCUCUCACACACCCCGACCCAGUCCUACCUUUUUAUUAAUUUCGUCGUCAUAUAGUUUCGCAUAUAUAUACAUACAUACAUGGAGACUCUCAGCGUCAAUUAAUACAUAUACACAAACACCUUUGCUGUUAUUGCCGGAAGAAUUAAAACUAACAAUGGCUCUCUCUCUCUCCAACGCCAAGCUUCUUCUUCAUCUUGCUACUACUCCACUCGCAGAUGCUCUUUCCCACCUCGCCAUCCGCCGGCGAGUUAUAGGGUACGCCGUGGGGGCAGCAUCACGUGGAGGUGAGGCGGCUGGUGGCGGCAAGCAAGGGUCAACGUCCACCCAUCAAGUGGAAGAGAACGCUGUGAUCCAUGAACAUUCUGGAUCCACCACCACCAGCACUGCGUGGGGUCCGGACCCGGUCACGGGAUACUACAGACCAGACGAUCGUGCGGCUGCGAUUGACACAGCGGAGCUCAGAGAUGUGGCCCUAAAUCACAAGGAAAUUACUAAACAGCAAAACUGAGGAACAAUAAUACUGUACAAUACAAGAAUGGCUCAAAAUAAACAACGCCAAUUCUCAGUCAUUAUAGUAUAUGGUUGGAUUUGGCCAACUCUUUUAUGAGCUUAUUAUUAGUUUUAAGCUUUGCAGAUGUAUAUCUCCUUUUCUAUUUGGUAAAAUUUAGUUUGAAAUUUGUGAUACGAAAGAGUAAGUUACAAAAA